AUGACCAGAAACAUCGUCAUACUGGGUGGCAACUCGCAUCCUCAGCUUGUCGAGACGAUUUGCAAUACUCUUGGCGUUGCUGCCUGUGAUCGAAUCCUCAAAAAGUUCUCGGUUGGUGAAAGUCGACUUGAGAUUCAAGACUCAGUCAGAGGAAAGGAUGUCUACAUCAUUCAGUCAGGUGGUGGGAAGGUCAACGACAACUUCAUCGACCUGUGCAUCAUGAUCUCCGCUUGCAAAACCGGCUCGGCAAAGCGAGUCACCGCAGUCCUACCGCUAUUUCCCUACUCGAGGCAGCCGGAUAUUCCUUAUAAUAAGAUUGGAGCGCCUCUAACCCGAAAUCCAACGGACGUUAACCGGACUGACUUUUCCUUCGAGAGUCGUCCAGCUACACCGAGCUUGUCUCAACCACAGAGUCAAGGCUUGACAAAUGGCAUCGGUAACUUGCACAAGAAGCUUGGAAAGUCGUCAUUAGAGGAUAACAUGUCGAAUGGUAUUACCCCACCUAGGCGACAAGAUACGAGCGAUAGCAGCAACGGAUCAGUUAGGGAAGAGAAGGGUGCCCAAACACCCCACUUUACGACUCACGACUACGAGAACAACGCAGUCAUCAACAACGCCGCAUUUUUCCAGCCAAAGCCUGGAUACAAGCAAUGGGUCGCUCAAGCGGGCACCCUUGUCGCGGAUCUGCUUACCUGUGCCGGAGCGGACCACAUCAUCACCAUGGACCUUCACGACCCGCAAUACCAAGGCUUCUUCGAUAUCCCCGUCGACAACCUCUACGGCAAGCCACUUCUCAAGAGAUAUAUCCAACAACAUAUUCCGAACUUCAAAGAUGCCGUUAUCGUCAGUCCAGAUGCCGGCGGUGCAAAGCGUGCCACAGCAAUUGCCGACGGCUUAAACAUGGACUUCGCCCUGAUUCAUAAGGAACGUCGACCGACUCGCAUCACUGACCGCCAAAACGCCACCAUGAUGCUUGUGGGAGAUGUCGCUGGUCGAGUCGCCAUUAUCAUCGAUGAUCUCGCUGAUACAUCAAACACUAUUACCCGCGCUGCCAAGCUUGUAAAGAGAGAGGGCGCUACCUACGUCUACGCCCUCCUCACCCACGGAGUCUUCAGCGGCGACGCCAUCGCCCGCAUCAACGCCAGCGCCAUUGACAAAGUCAUCGUCACUAACAGUGUCCCACAAGAAGAGCACAAGCGCCUGUGCCCGAAACUGGAAGUACUGGAGAUUGGCGGCAUUUUCGCAGAGUCAAUCCGAAGGGUAUACCACGGCGAAUCCAUCAGCGUCCUUUUCCAGUACGACUAG